AUGGGAUCCAUGGGAUAUUCUCCAGCGACUGCGGAAGUGAACAACGACUACGAUGUCAGGAUUGCAGGUGGAUUUGCGCCUCUCCCCGUUGCACUUGAGAGGACGGAGGGGUCCAUGGCAUAUGAUGUUGACGGCAAACCUUACAUAGACUUCCUCAGCAUGAUUGCCGUCAACAAUAUGGGGCAUGGCCAUCCCAAAAUAGUUGACGCCGCCGUCAACGCAAUCAAGACUGGUGCUACUGUGAAUCUUGCUUUCCAAAGUCCCUGCUAUGGCAAGCUCGCGAAGAAGAUCACAGGGAUGUUUGGCUAUGAUCGGUUCGUAUGCUUGACGAGUGGUGGCGAGGCUGCAGAUGCUGCUCUCAAGAUUGCUCGUAAAUGGGGCCACCUUGUCAAAGGUAUCCCUCUGGGAGAAUGCCACAUUUUGAGCACAGCAUCUUGUUAUCAUGGCGUUGGUUUGGGAACUUUAUCAACUGCCAGCAGAAAAAGCUCGCUUUUCCAACCUUACCUGCCUAAUACUGGGGCUAUUACCCCCACGGGACUACCAAUCAGGUUUGGACAUCUAGAAGACCUCAGGAGGGCAUUUGAGCUCGAUGGCUCCAGCAUUGCUGCGUUCAUCAUUGAGCCCAUACAGGGGGCGGCUGGUGUCAUUGUACCUCCAGAAGAUUAUCUGGUAGGAGUUGAAGAGCUCUGCAAAAAGCACAAUGUUCUAUUCAUUGCAGACGAGAUUCAGACUGGUCUUGGAAGAUGCGGAUAUCCUCUCUACACUCAAAAAUACGGACUUCACCCUGACCUGGUCAUCUUGGGGAAAGCGUUGUCUGGUGGCGUGUAUCCAGUCUCAGGAGUGCUAGGAGACAACAACAUUAUGGAACUGCUCGACCCCUAUGAAAUUGGCUCAACUAUGGCUGCUAAUCCGCCAGGGUGUGCAGCCGCCCUUGCCGCACUUGAUGUACUCGUUGACGAAGACCUAUCCACUCGAGCCAGAAAGAUGGGUGACCUUUUAAUCUCGACUUUGAAAGCCUUGAACCCUCCGCAUGUCAAGCAAUACAUGGGCGAAGGUCUCCUAUGGGCGAUUGUGCUCGACGAGAAGCCUCCUCAAGUGACGAGUCGUCGUUUGAUAGCUCUUCUCGCGCAACGAGGCGUCCUGGCGAAUGCAAUCAAAGGCGGAAGAGUUCGGAUCUGUCCUCCCUUGACCAUAAGUGAGGAUUUGUUGGUGGAAGGGGCGAAAAUUAUAGCCGAUGCCCUGACUGACCUUGAGGCGCACCCAGCGGGUCUGCCAGGAGAAACGGUCGAUCUCAAGUAUCCGCAAUAUAUGAAGUAG